CCGAGGAAACAGAAUUUCUAACUUUACUGUAUUAUUUACCAGGUCACUAAAUUGGUGGAAAUUGCACUUUAGCCAAUAGCCAUAAUCCUAUUACAAAACCGCUGGUUGAUUUGACUUUUGCAUCCAGGAGAUGAAAGACUGCUUGCGUUGAUUAUGUGCGUAUUACACUGAAGUUGUGCCGCUGGUGACAUCUGCUAGAUGGUACAGGAACGUUGCCUACCCUACGUAGAAGGGGGAAAGGAUACACGAAUCGGUGGGGGUCGUAUGCGUCAUGUGCUGCAAGAGUCGACCAGAGAUUUGGGGACGGCGCUCUAGCAGCGCGAAAUUGAUCGGUUCAUCAUUAUAGCUCAACCUGCCAGCUGAUCGGAGCCAAUAUCGGCCCGUUUCGCUCCUGUUUCUUCCAGAGACCGAUAUUCCAAACGAGUUCACGCGCAACCCACCUCCCUCCUUAACUGACACCUCCUCCCCAUCUCUCUCGGAGGCGCUGGACGAAGAGUAACGAGGGUAAGGGAGCGCUUAUCGUCGGCGGAGAAAACGAGGCGAAGGACGCUGGUGUUCUCCCGAACAGAGAGUCUUCGGGGCGGGGAUAAUGUGCCCAUUCUGCACGACCCGAAGCCCGUUGAAGGGAAGCACAAGAGGCUAUGGGCAGCCGGAGCUGUCGCCGUCGUCCUUUCAUGAUUGAUGCUUCUACUUUUACUGUCUCUCUUCGUAGGAUUUUAUAACGCACGGACUGCUCCUCUAACACUCGAGUGCCACUGACGGCUUUCGCCUAAAGGAUGACACCUCACCUAUCUGUGAGAAAAACCAAUAAAACAAUCAAUUAUUGUGAUCUAUUUUUUUUCGGCAAGAUUUAUUUGUAUUCUAAAUGAGAGUGAAAACUGCCAACAAAAAUCAACGUGUAUUUUUUUCACUGGAAAAAACUGAUUACGGUUAUGUGUGCGGGUAAAGUGAGCGAGUGGUGGCGGUAGGCAGAGUAGGCUAUCGCUACACUGUACCAAAUAUUGCGGAUGUUUCGAAAUAAAUAAAUAAAUUGAUUUUUUUUCCUCCAAUUCUCUUGGUCAAAACAGGGCACCAGAGUUUUUAUAAAAAUGUCCAGGUGAAAAACAACGCAAAGGACUCUCCUAAUUUUUCUUUUUAAAAUUAAUUUGCUGUUUAUCUCAAAAUGGUUUGAAAUGUCUAUAUCAAUUAUAAACUGAUUUGCGAGGAAUAACCUAGUGGUACCCGACAUAGAGGAGGGAGAGAUAUUCUCGAAAACAUUAAGAUGGAGCCGCAGGAAACAUGAAGGUUCACUCAGUUAUCAGAAGGAAUAUGUUGUGAGACGAUCUGGGAUAUGAUUUUGGACAACAAUGAGGUGAAGACAGCCAGGUCUAUAUUUUGAAGUGAACGAAGAGACUGAGCUAUUUGCUGUAGUUGGGUUGACGGAUUUGACGGAUUGUCACCUGCAAAUAUACAGAAGUAUCAGCACGCUACUUUCUUCUUACACGGCAACCAGCGCCAUGAAGACAUGAAUGUGUACCCCAGUUAUAUAUGUAUGAAGUUCUGAAGCAGAUGGGAUGUAAUGUGGUGUGGUCGCGCUGAAUAUUCGCCCCCUUCUCUCCUGCAUCUUGAAGAUUGGCAUUUGGUGUCUUUAGAAUGGCGCGGUUCACAGAUGAGGUGCCGUCCAGGUAUGGCGGUGGACCCGGGCAUGCACAAGGGGGCCCCGGUCGCGGCGGUAGCAGGCAAGGCGGCCCGCCGGGUGCUCAAAGGAUGUACAAGCAGUCGAUGGCCCAACGAGCCAGAACUAUGGCCCUGUACAACCCUAUACCGGUUCGACAAAACUGCUUCACUGUCAACCGAUCUUUAUUCAUCUUCAGUGAGGACAACUUUGUAAGAAAAUACGCCAAAAAGAUCACCGAAUGGCCUCCAUUUGAGUACAUGAUCCUGGCCACCAUCAUCGCCAACUGCAUUGUCCUUGCACUGGAGCAGCAUCUACCUGACAAUGACAAGACCCCUAUGUCCGAGCGCCUGGAUGACACAGAACCCUAUUUCAUUGGCAUCUUCUGCUUUGAGUCUGGCAUUAAGAUCCUGGCUCUUGGCUUUGCCUUUCAUAAGGGCUCCUACCUCCGCAAUGGCUGGAAUGUCAUGGACUUCGUAGUGGUGCUUACAGGGAUCCUCUCCACGGUGGGCUCUGACUUUGACCUGAGGACACUGCGUGCUGUGCGAGUGCUGAGACCUCUCAAGCUGGUGUCAGGGAUUCCCAGCCUGCAGGUGGUACUCAAAUCUAUCAUGAAGGCUAUGAUCCCACUGCUGCAGAUCGGUCUGCUGCUCUUCUUUGCUAUCCUUAUGUUCGCCAUCAUUGGCCUGGAGUUCUACAUAGGCAAAUUCCAUACCACCUGCUUUGACAACAUAACCAAUGAAAUCCGGGAGGAGUUUCCAUGUGGCAUCGAGUCACCUUCCCGCCUUUGUCCGAAUGGGACCACCUGCAGGGAGUACUGGCUCGGCCCCAACUAUGGCAUCACCCAGUUUGACAACAUCCUGUUCGCCGUGCUGACGGUCUUCCAGUGCAUCACCAUGGAGGGCUGGACUGACCUGCUUUACUAUAGCAAUGAUGCGUCGGGCAGUGCGUGGAACUGGAUGUACUUCAUCCCCCUCAUCAUCAUCGGAUCCUUCUUCAUGCUUAACCUGGUCCUGGGUGUUCUGUCUGGGGAGUUCGCUAAAGAGAGAGAGCGGGUGGAGAACAGGAGUGAGUUCCUGAAAUUGAGGCGGCAGCAGCAGAUCGAGAGAGAGCUCAACGGUUACCUGGAAUGGAUAUGCAAAGCAGAAGAAGUGAUCCUUGCUGAUGAGGACAACGAGGCUGAUGAUCGGAUGCCCUUUGAUGGAUCGAGGAGAAGGCCCACCCUCAAGAAGAGCAAAAAUGACCUGCUCAACCCAGAGGAGGGCGACGGAGACCUCGCCUUGGGGUCUCCAUUUGCACGGGCCAGCCUGAAGAGCUCCAAGCUGGAGGGCUCCACCUUCCACCGCAGAGAGCGGCGCCUGCGCUUCUUCAUCCGCCACAUGGUGAAGACGCAGGCCUUCUACUGGACCGUGCUCUGCCUGGUGGGCCUCAACACACUGUGCGUGGCCGUCGUGCACUACAACCAGCCCGAGCUGCUCUCCGACUUCCUUUACUAUGCGGAAUUUAUCUUCCUGGGAAUCUUCAUGUUGGAGAUGUUCAUUAAAAUGUAUGGCCUGGGGACUAGGCCUUACUUCCACUCCUCCUUCAACUGCUUUGACUGCAUCGUCAUAUGUGGCAGUAUUUUCGAGGUUCUCUGGGCUAUGAUCCAGCCAGGGACCUCAUUUGGGAUCAGUGUAUUGCGAGCUCUCAGGUUAUUGAGGAUCUUCAAAGUGACCAAGUACUGGGCCUCACUAAGGAACCUGGUAGUGUCACUGAUGAACUCCAUGAAGUCCAUCAUCAGCUUGCUCUUUCUCCUCUUCCUCUUCAUCGUGGUCUUUGCUCUGCUUGGCAUGCAGCUGUUUGGAGGACAAUUUAAUUUUGAAACUGGCACACCCCCAACAAACUUUGAUACUUUUCCUGCAGCAAUAAUGACAGUGUUUCAGAUCCUGACAGGCGAGGACUGGAACAUGGUGAUGUAUGAUGGGAUUGAAUCAAUGGGGGGAGUCAACACGGGCAUGGUCUUCUCUGUCUUCUUCAUUGUUCUCACACUGUUUGGCAACUACACCUUGCUGAAUGUUUUCUUGGCUAUCGCUGUGGACAAUCUGGCCAAUGCACAGGAGCUGACCAAGGAUGAGCAGGAAGAAGAGGAGGCAGCCAAUCAGAAAAUGGCUCUUCAGAAGGCCAAGGAAGUGGCUGAAGUGAGUCCCCUCUCUGCGGCUAAUCUCUCCAUCGCAGCUAAGGAACAGCAGAAGAACCAUAAGACCUCCAAGUCAGUGUGGGAGCAGCGCACCAGUGAGCUCCGCAGGCAGACGCUGAUGACCAGCAGGGAGGCGCUCUACAAUGAGUUGGACCCCGAGGACCGCUGGAAGGUCUCCUAUUCCCGCCACAUCCGACCUGACAUGAAGACCCACCUUGACCGCCCGCUGGUGGUGGAUCCCCAGGAGAACCGCAACAACAACACCAACAAGACCCGGCCAGGCGAGACGCAGGCCCGGCAUUCCCAAGAGCUCCUGCACAAGCAGCCACCCUUCAAUCCUGCAGGAGGGAGAGGUGGAGGAGGCGGAGGUGGAGGGUCAGCCCAGGGAUGGCCACUGGAGAGAACAGAGUCCACAGACUCUCACCGAACCCGCAGGGAGGCCGAGAGCCAGAGCUGUGCCCGCACCCCACCUCAGGGGGGCAGCGAGGGGCCUGAGGCUUGCCCAACAGAGCCCCAGAGGAGGCGGGUGGAGCGAGAACACCGCGGGCAGUCUGGGCGCUCUCGCCCGCACCGCAAGGCCUCGGAGGAGGAGGGCUCCGAGGGCCGGACAGGAGCUGGAGGGAGGAGGCACCGGAGCAAGGGCACGGAGGGAGGGACAGAGGGAGAGCAUGCAGACGGGGCAGAGCGCAGGACCAGGCGCCAUCGCCAUGCCGACAAAGAGGGAAGGAGGGAAAGAGCAGAGCAAGGGGAGCGGGUGCGACAUCGCACCAGGAAGGAUGGUCACACUGGUGGCCCCACUCUUUCCACCACUCGUCCCAUUCAGAAGACUCUGUCCAGGCAAGACAGCCAGUACAGCGAAGACCUGGACAACGUCAUGAACAACAAGCUGGCUACCCAGCCCCUGGUGCCGGUGGCUGCCCGCCUGGCGGGUCCCCACUCCACACCCCACUCCAGCCUGCUCAGCCUGGCCAACAGCAUCCAUAGCACCUGCAUGGUCCCUGGAGGCACAGAGAGCAGCAUGAACCCCUCCAACCCUGCCAACCUGGACACCAAGCCAGACCACACCGCUAUAGACAUGCCACCCAUAUUCCCAUCCGCCAACGCCAUCCUGCAAGUCAAUAAAAAUGCCAACACAGAACCCCUGCCAAAGAAGGAAGAUACGAAAGGUGACGAAGACGAUGAUGACAAAGAUGACGGAGGGCCUAAGCCCAUGCCUCCUUACACCUCCAUGUUCAUCCUGUCCACCACCAACCCGUUUCGAAGGUUGUGUCACUAUGUUGUCACGCUGAGGUACUUUGAGAUGUGUAUUCUGCUGGUGAUUGCUAUGAGCAGCAUUGCUCUAGCUGCUGAAGACCCUGUGUGGCCCGACUCCCCCCGAAAUAAUGUUCUGCGGUACUUUGACUAUGUCUUCACGGGUGUGUUCACCUUUGAGAUGUUAAUAAAGAUGGUGGACCUGGGCCUGGUGCUUCAUCAAGGCUCGUAUUUCCGUGACCUGUGGAACAUUCUGGACUUUAUAGUGGUUAGUGGUGCCCUGGUGGCCUUCGCCUUCACAGGAAGCAGUAAGGGGAAAGACAUCAGUACCAUUAAGUCCCUGCGUGUGUUGAGAGUGCUCCGACCCCUGAAGACCAUCAAGCGCCUGCCCAAGCUCAAGGCUGUGUUUGACUGCGUAGUGAACUCUCUGAAGAACGUGUUGAACAUCCUCAUCGUCUACUUGCUCUUCAUGUUCAUCUUUGCUGUGGUGGCAGUGCAGCUUUUCAAGGGCAAAUUCUUCUACUGCACAGAUGAGUCCAAGGAGUUUGAGCGUGACUGCAGGGGCGAAUACCUAGUGUACGAGCGAGAUAACGAAGUGCGGGCGCAGAAGCGGGAGUGGAAGAAGUACGAUUUCCACUACGACAACGUGCUCUGGGCCUUGCUCACCCUCUUCACGGUUUCUACCGGAGAGGGAUGGCCGCAGGUACUGAAACAUUCAGUCGAUGCGACUUACGAGAACCAGGGCCCGAGCCCGGGCUACCGGAUGGAGAUGUCCAUCUUUUACGUGGUGUACUUCGUGGUCUUCCCCUUCUUCUUCGUCAACAUCUUCGUGGCUCUCAUCAUCAUCACCUUCCAGGAACAAGGAGACAAAAUGAUGGAGGACUACAGUCUGGAAAAGAAUGAGAGAGCUUGUAUAGAUUUUGCCAUCAACGCCAAACCACUUACUCGACACAUGCCUCAGAACAAGCAGACGUUCCAGUACCGCAUGUGGGAGUUUGUAGUCUCGCCGCCAUUUGAGUACACUAUCAUGGCCAUGAUCGCCCUCAACACCAUCGUUCUCAUGAUGAAGUAUUAUGGAGCUUCAGAGACCUAUGAGAAAAUGCUAGCCAACCUGAACAUUGUGUUCACAUCGUUGUUUUCCCUGGAGUGUGUGUUAAAGAUCAUCGCCUUUGGAGCACUGAACUACUUCAAAGAUGCCUGGAGUAUAUUUGACUGUGUGACUGUACUUGGCAGUAUCACUGAUAUUUUAGUCACAGAGCUAGGGAUGAAUAACUUUAUCAAUCUGAGUUUUCUGAGACUCUUCAGAGCUGCUCGUCUCAUUAAGCUGCUGAGGCAGGGUGAAACCAUUCGCAUCCUGCUCUGGACAUUUGUCCAGUCUUUUAAGGCUCUGCCAUACGUGUGCCUGCUCAUUGCUAUGCUGUUCUUCAUCUACGCCAUCAUCGGCAUGCAGCUGUUUGGGAACAUUGCGAUCGAGGAGGAUGGAGACAGCGCCAUCAACCAGCACAACAACUUCAGGACCUUCUUCCAAGCGCUCAUGCUGCUGUUCAGGAGUGCAACUGGAGAGGCAUGGCAUGAUAUCAUGCUCGCGUGUCUGGGCUUGAGGAGCUGCGAUCCCCUUUCGGGGAACCCAGAGCCAGAAUGUGGCAGCGAAUUUGCCUACCUCUACUUUGUCUCCUUCAUCUUCCUCUGCUCCUUCCUGAUGUUGAAUCUCUUCGUGGCUGUUAUCAUGGAUAAUUUUGAGUACCUAACACGAGACUCCUCCAUUCUGGGUCCUCAUCACCUGGAUGAGUAUGUGAGGAUAUGGGCAGAGUAUGACCCAGCAGCCUGUGGGCGCAUUCAUUAUAAGGAUAUGUACAGUUUAUUGCGAGUAAUCGACCCCCCUCUGGGCUUAGGAAAGAAAUGUCCUCAUAGGGUGGCCUGCAAGAGGCUGCUACGAAUGGAUCUCCCAGUGGCGGAUGACAACACGGUGCACUUUAACUCCACCCUCAUGGCCUUAAUCCGCACCGCUCUGGACAUCAAGAUCGCCAAGGGUGGGGAAGGGGGUGUUGAUAAACACCAGAUGGAUGCCGAGCUGAGGAAAGAGAUGAUGGCGAUUUGGCCCAAUCUCUCACAGAAGUCUCUGGACCUGCUGGUCACACCACACAAGGCAGCGACAGACCUGACAGUGGGCAAGAUCUAUGCUGCCAUGAUGAUCAUGGAGUACUACAGGCAAAGCAAGAUCAAGCGGAUGGAGGCUCUCAGAGAUGAGCAGAAUCGAACGCCAUUAAUGUUUCAGCGCCUGGAGCCACCCUCUCCAAACCAGGAUGGUGGGCACGGACUCAGUGGCCUUCCUGAUUCACAACAAGACCCUGCCAACUCACUCGCGGUGGAUGGAGGCAUCCCAGAAAGCCACUCGUGGGUGACAGCGAGAGCACAGGAGAUGUCCCAAAAAGCAGGCAGCUGGAGCCCAGAUGGCCUCCCCCCAGAGGAGAGCAGCAUGAGCCGGCCCAACUCCCAGACGGUAGAGAUGCGAGAGAUGGGGCGGGACGGGUUCUCAGACACCGAGCCCUUCCUGCCAAUGGAAGGCCACGGCAGGGCUGUUUCCAUGCCUCGACUCCCGGCAGACAACCAACAGCCAAGGAGGAGAGGAAGACAUCGGGGGAAUAACCUCGGUACCAUCUCGGACAACAGCCCGAUGAAGCGCUCGGCCUCCUCACUGGGCCACGGGCGUCUGGGCCGGGUGGUGCGGGCCGAGGACUAUGCCAUGGAGCGGGUGAUCCCGGAGGAAGGACAGAGGCAUGGGCACCGGCGGCGGGAACGCAGCCACCGUGCUUCUGAGAGGUCGCUCAGCCGCUAUACUGAUGCAGACACAGGUUUAGGUACGGACCUGAGCACCACCACGCAGUCAGGCGAGCUGCCUCCCAAGGAGAAGGAGCGGGACCGGGGCCGGGCCAGGGACCGCCGCCACCACCACCAUCACCGCCGCCACCACGGCUCAAUGGACAAGGAACACUACACGCCGGAGCGCGAGCGGGACCGGGGUGAGCACGUGCACCGUCCCACACGGGACAGGGACCACCGCUGGUCCCGUUCGCCCAGCGAGGGCCGUGAGUGCCUUGCGCACCGGCAGGGUAGUAGUUCGGUGAGUGGCAGCCCCGUCCCCUCGACAUCCGGGACCAGCACGCCUCGCCGAGGCCGACGCCAGCUACCCCAGACCCCCUCCACCCCCCGACCCCACGUCACCUAUUCACCCGUGGUCCGUAAGCCGGUUGGCACUCCCCCACCGGGGCCGCCCAGCCGUCUCCCUACCCCCACCCCUCGCCGCUUCUCUCCGCCCGGCCCCGAGCCCCCUGUACUGCCCCACCACCACCCGCCCCCUUCCCAUCAUGAUUCGCCCCGCUCCACCCGACACUCCCGCUGGGGCCCGGGCCCUGCUGAGGGCGCAGUGGGUGAUGGCUUCUACGAUGACCGGGACUACGGGUUUGAGCGUCAUGCGCCACCAGCCUAUGAGCAGAGCCCGACGCAGGGCAACCCUCACUCCCACAGCUCUCCGCACCCACGCUCCCCCAGGACUUCCCGUCAUGGAGCCCUCCAGCAGACCCAGCCACCCUCUCGUCGCAUGCCCAAUGGUUACCGCUCAUCCUCGCCCUCCCCACACCAUCAUGCCCCUCCCCACCCUGGACCCCACAAGCCCCCACACCCCAGGGGGCCCAGAAAAGGCUUGCAUGAACCCUACAGUGAGACUGAUGAGGAUGACUGGUGCUAGCCUCUAGGGAGAGGGGAGGGAAUGAGGGAGGGAACGAGGGAGAGAGCAUUUCAGCAGCCGCUGCAAAGGGACACUGCCGCUGAGGAGGUCACACCAGAAGAGAGGCAGUCCCGGCCCCGAGUCUGCAUGCUCCAGGGAAGCACGGAGAAAGGGUGCUAAGAAGCCACAGGGGAAUUCAAGGCAUGAUUCUCUCCUUUCUGUUAUUUAUGUUCUCUUUUCUAUUCCCCUGCUGCCUAGUGCUUCCCUACCGAUGGGCGGACUGCUUUAAGUGACCAGAAGGACAAGGGGUGUUUAGGAGGUGCGGGUAGGUCUGACACACAAUAUUGGAAUAAGAAAAAAAAGAACUGGUAUAAUAAUUGAAUACAGAGGAAGAAAGUGUGCACUCUUUUUCUGGACAUGUCAUGCAUUUAUUCAGCAGACAAAGUGACAGGUGACCACAGUCACAGUGACCAGAACUCAGAAGUGGAGAUACUCGCAUUCUGAAUGUUGAGAAACACUACUUGCUUUACACAACUUGACCGGAGCUCCGUCUAUUGCAAAAAUCCACCCACAUGUUGGGCAAUAUCGAUGAGUUUUAUCAUCUAUGUUUACUGUUAAUAAUUAUUUCGGUAAGGUGAGGCCACUGGCCACUUGUGUGAGUGUGCGUGUGUGUGUGUGUGUGUGUGUGUGUGUGUGUGUGUGUGUGUGUGUGUGUGUGUGUGUCAGUGUGUGUGUCAGUGUGUUUGUGUGUGUGAGGGAGGGUUUUGCCUAAAAGGUGGGGUCGGGCAGGGGCAUGCACACCCUGACUGCCUGUGGGAACCCCAACCCCUCAUUGCUACGGAAGCCCCAACUAAAGAGAGAGAAGAUUAAUAUGAACGCAAAGAGGGGAGGGAAAACAAACAAACAAAACGGUCUCCACUCUUUCUUCUACUAUGGCUUCUUAUUCUACUUCUUGUCAGAAACAUUGGAGCUUGAUUCUUCUGUUGCACUGCUCAGCUUUGUUUGAACUCCUAGAAUUAAAAAAUCCCUUGGAAAUCCUGCAUGAUUGAAACAAUAACAAAAGAAAAAAAUGAACAAAGAAACUUUGAAUAGAUUUGGGGAGGGGGGGGGAUUUCUUGGUCAUGUCAUUUCUGUCUGUGAAGUUCUCUCUCUCCCAUCCUGGCCUCCCUCUCUUUCACUCUUCUCUGAAAUCAUCCCUCAUUCUUUUAGGGAUGGUACAAAGGGGGCAAGAGCCCAAUGCUUGCCAUUUUAAACCUUUCAGCUUCAUUCUACAGUAUCUGGGAGAGCUUCCCACAACAAUUUUACAAUAGAUACUUUGCCAAAUGAUCAGUAUCACUACCAAGAACAUAAAAUGAUUGCUAGAUUGCUAACAACUCAGAAGCACAAUUAUGUUAAAGCUAAAGGAGGGACAGAGCAUUUUGUAAGCUUUUUAUUUACAUUAUACCACACUAUAUUAAUACUUCGCUCACUUGCACAAAAGGGCCAACAUACAAGCACACAGACCCUCGCAUCCAUGUACAACUCAUAAGCACACAUAGACUCUCACAGUCACACACAGCCAAAUCCAUGCAUAUAGCCACUAUAUGUGGACUCUUUCCCCUUACUCCAGUCUUCCAGGGUGUGAUAGAGUGAGAAGCGAGUGGAGGAGGAGAGAAGAGCGAGAACCCCAUCAUCUUUCUAUUAGAUUUGUUAAUAAUGAUGACGUUUAUACCUACAGAACAAUGACGAUAAUGAUGAUGAUGAAGAUGACAAUGAUGAAUUGAUUUCGUAUCUAGUUUUGGUUUCUAAUCAGCUGUGAUCUUUGUAUUGCCAUGUUUGUUUUCGGUGUGUUUCUGUUUGUGUGGUAUGUGGAGCUCUGUGGCAGUGAUGCAUUCGGGGCCAUGGUAGACUCACUCCUCGCCUCCAGCUUAUCUACUUCCCACAUAUGACAUGGGUAGUUAAUAUGGAGCAAUGUCCCCAAUUUAUUCCUCAGAAUGAGAUGUAUACUGUCCUGGGUAUUAAAAAAGCUAUUUUCCUAGAUGUAAAAUGAAAUUAUAAUGUAUGCUAAGUAAUUUAUGUAUAUCAAUUGUGAAUCAAUGCAAAUGUACAUAAUUAAUCAUUUUAAUUACCAUGAGCUCAAGUCUACAUUAAUAUGACAUUUUUUAUGAUUAAGAUCAUAAAAACGUUGCUGAUGGUUAUUGAUCCUUAUUAUAUUCUCAUGGCUAUUGUGCCCUUGAACAUCUUAUUUAAUAAUUGACUCAAGAAAGAACUACCUGUUUGAGAUGAGAGACACACAGAUUAGUACUCUUUGUGGACUGCCACUGCUGCACUAUUCAAGGCAGUGUGAGCACCAUUCAUGCCCUUUUCCUUAGAAAGGAAAGCAGUGACUUACCAUUCAGGCUCAUCCCAUAGAUGUUUCUUUUUAUAGUUAGAUCAUCUGUGAAUUUUCUAAUAGGAACAGUAGGGGCAAUUCAAUUUAGAGCAGUCUGAUGAAAGAAACAGAGCUCCACUACCUCAAGCUGAUCAAUAGAUGGCACUGUGCUCCACACAGUACUAGCCUGUGGUCCUGAUUCGCACUCUAUCAUUCUUUUUCUGUUCCAUGUUUAUGUCAAUGAUCUGUACACUGGGUUGUAAGACUUAAAUGUCUGUCACCAAUGGUGCACCAUUCUGUGUUCAGGACAUGUAACACAGCCAAUCAAACUGCACAGGAACAUGUAACACAGCCAAUCAAAUUGCAUGGGUAAAACAAUGACCGGGCCUUUUCUGCCAAAAUCUCUGUCUCUUGUGUCCCACUGAUCUUUGUGUCCCUAUGGCCCAAGUAUAAUCACCAUUUUAUUCUAACUUGCAACAAACAAAAUUCUGAUAUCAGACUUUAGUCCACACAGAUUCACUGCCAAAUGGUAUUGUCCCAAAGGACAUUGCAAUCAUUAUAUAUGUAGCAUUCAGUACUAACAUGCAUAAUCACUCAUGGUCACGUUUUACAGUGAAUAAUGCCUGUAUGUAAUGACAAGUGUAUGUGAGAAAACAUGCAUUUAUUUUUACACAGUACCUAUUUAUGUUAUAGAAUUUUCAAAUCAUGGGUGAGUAUCACGUGUAAUCUAUGGCUAACACUAGAUUUUUGAUAUUAAAAAGGGAUGAAGGCUCCCCUUGCUAGUUUAGUAUAGUUAAAUCCUCUUGACAUUUAAAGCUUGAAAGAUUUGGGUGUCUAGGAAUGUAUCACUGACUUAGUUGCUCAGUGCCUUAUUCACCAUGCAUUCAACAUCUAUCUACUGAUCUAUCUAUCAAUCUAUCUAUCUAUAUGUCUGUCUGUCUGCCUAUCUAUCUGUCGGGAGUAUACAAAAUAAUGAAAAAGUUGUGUUGAAGAGACCAAAUUGCAGUUACAUAGAAAUCUACCAAUAAUCUAUAUUUAUAUUAAUUCAAAUUACCAUAUUUCUGCUUUGAAUGAUGUUUUUAAAAUCAGAACUUUAUCGUAUGUCCUUCUGAAGCAGUAAGACGUGUAAACAAUUUUAAAAGGAUGUUCUCUGCUGGCAGACUGCCCUCAGAGUGCAUAAUUUUCAAAUCUCUAGUGUCUAAUUCUUUAAUUGUUGAUGGAAGUAGAUAGACCUUCAGGCUAGUUGAAACAUAUGUGGCUAGGAGAAACAUUAACAGAAUGGCUGCUCAAAACCUACCAAACAAGCCCUGGAAUGACAACAAAAUGCAAGUUAAACCUCUGAUCUAUCUCAUAUGUUUAAGUCUAUGAUAGGAUUGCAUUUCAAAAUGAUUUGAUUCAAAGCCAGUGAUUGACAGCAUAUAACCUGAAGUGUUUGGCAGAAAAUCAGGAUUUUAGUUUGUGUAAAAUGUAGCUGGCAUGAAUGAUUCACUUUUCAUUCUUUGUUUCUACAUUUGAAACAGAGCCUUCAGCCAACACAGAAUUUUUUUGCUUCCAUUAUUUUGUUUACCUACCCGAAGUCUAUCUGCCUAACAACUGUUUUCUUUGUUUGUGUGUGUGUGUGUGUGUGUGAGAGAGAGAGAGAGAGAGAGAGAGAGAGAGAGAGAGAGAGAGAGAGAGCGAGCAAGAGAUCGAUCCACCUGUCUAUAUUAACUCUGUCCAGUUUUGAAUGUUCUAAAACAUUUUGUAGAGAUUAUAUUACUGGCCAACCUUAAAUCAAAAGAUAAAGGCCUCUAUAUGCAAUACACUAGGCGCAAGAUAGCUAGGCAAGUGGGAGCCAAUAUUUGUAGCAAGAAAGUGUGUGUGUGUGUGUGUGAGAGAGAGAGAGAGAGAGAGAGAGAGAGAGAGAGAGAGAGAGAGAGAAAGAGAGAAAGAGAGAGAGACCAUGGGCAAGAGAGAGGCCAACAACUUCACUGUGUGAACGUAAUUAUUGUAUUUAUGUAUUUUGCAUGCAAGAGCCAAUUAUAUUUCUAUAUAUACCUGGCUUUUGCAUGCAACCCAUUCACCAUGCGUGUGUGUGUGUGUGUGUGUGUGUGUGUGCGGGUGUGCGCGUGUGCGUGUGCGUGUGUGUGUGUGUGUGUGUGUGUGUGUGUGGAAAGCACCAGUAUAGGCCAUUUUCCAUUUUCCUUCUCACACUCAUCAUAACACACUACUAACAACCUCAAACCCUGGUCAGACAAAUAUCUACACAAUGGUAACCAGCAAUGUAGGACCCACCAUGAGAAAAGAAAAUACAGAAACAUAAAAAGAAAAAAUGUUUUCUGAACAAAAAAAAUAUAUAGAAAGUAUUUACUUUCAGAACUGCAUGUGCUAUGUGCAUGCCAAAGCGUGGAACUUCAUCUUCAGGAGUUAAAAAAGACUAGUAUUAUCAAAAAACCUAAAUAUAGAUAAAUGUUUUUAACAGCAACAUGUUUCUUUUCCUUCUAUUUUUAAAAACAAAACAAAAAGAUACUGAAAAAUUACCCAAAAAAAUUUAAAGAGCCAAACAACUUUGGUGCAAAUUGCAGUUGGUUUGUUUCUAUUUUUUUUUUUUCUGCAAACUUGAAAGUGAGACACUUCUACACUAUGUUCAGGACAAGUCAGAAUAACUUCUGUCAAAAAAAGAAAGAAAUAAAAAAAGAUGUGGAAAACCUCA